CUUUCUUGCUCCCCCGCCGCCGCGCCGCUUCUUCCCCGCAGCACAGCUCACAGCAGCCAAGACCCCUCCGACACCAGCGGCGGCGAUCAUGAGUAUUACAGGCGAGGUCCCCGGCGAAGGCUCCGACGGCGAGGAGGUCUUCAUCGACGACGAGGACAUCAUCAACGAGAUACCGCUAGACGAGGAAGACCUCCCCGACCAAGACGACGAUGACGACCAGGAAGAAGACAUGAUGGAUGAGGUUGAGGAUCAUUCAGCGUAUGCAUUUCACGGGCAUACAGAUGAGGUCUUCGCUGCUGCGUGCAGUCCUACAGACGCAUCGCUUGUUGUUUCUGGAGGUAAAGAUGACAGAGGGUUUCUUUGGAGGAUUGGAUCUGCAGAGGAUGUUCAGGAGCUGCCUGGACAUAAAGAUACUGUCUGCACUGUGGCUUUCAGUUCAGAUGGGAAAUUGGUGGCCUGUGGAAGCAUGGAUGGACAGAUAAAUGUAUGGAAUACAGCUACACGAACACUUCAGGGAACACUUGAGGGAUCUGAUUCAGGUUUUGAGUGGCUUAAAUGGCAUCCGCGAGGUCACUUGAUAAUUGCCGGAUCAGAAGACUGUAAUGUAUGGAUGUGGAAUGCAGACCACAAUGCCUUUCUGAAUACAUUUGCUGGUCACAGUAGCACAGUGACAUGUGGUGACUUUACCCCUGAUGGUAAGCUUAUUUGUAGCGGAUCAGAUGAUGCAACAUUGAGGAUAUGGGACCCUAAAAGUGCACAGUGCAGACAUGUCGUUCGGGGUCAUAGCUACCAUACUCAAGGAUUGACAUGUUUAGCUGUUACAUGGGACUCCCAGUCUAUUGUUAGCGGCUCUCAGGAUAGUUCUGUGCACAUCGUCAGUAUAAACUCAGGCCAGGUUGUUGGCUCACUAGUUGGCCACACUAAUUCUGUCGAGUGCAUUGGCAUCUCACCAAGGUACAACUGGGUGGCUACAGGGAGCAUUGAUCAAACUCUCAUUAUCUGGGACCUCGCUCAUCAAGCAAUUCGAUCCACUUGCGAGCACGAUGAGGGUGUGACAUGCCUUGUGUGGCUGGGUUCGUCGAGGUAUGUGGCGUCAGGAUGCGUUGAUGGCACGGUGCGCAUCUGGGACAGCCUCUCUGGGGAGCUGGCUCGCACGUUCAGCGGGCACAUCGAUGCCGUGCAGUCGCUGGCUGUCUCCGCAGAUGGCAACUCCCUCGUCUCCGUCUCCUCGGAUAAGUCUGCCCGCGUCUUCGACAUUUCCAUGUUCAAGUAAAGAUAUAUGUGGCUUGCUCAGCUUGCAUGGUCAGGAUAUGUACUUGUAUUUACCUCUAAACUUGGAACUAGCCUUUGAGAUGUAGUCAGCUGUGUAAGCUGCACAAGGGCCUCCCUCCUAAGUUAAGGAACUUGAUAUUGAUGUUUGAAAUGGCUUGGUGUUUUGCUGGAUGACAUGUAUCUUUGAUGGAAGCAACUUAUGCUUACAACCGUUGAUGCUGACAUGCUGUUGAACAUGGACCAGCUAUUAUACCUUUUCUGGUCCGUGGAUUA